AAUGCCAAAAUCAACUGUCAAUAGUUUGCUGGUCGCAUUUUGCGCCUGAAAUUUUGUAUCGAAUUUAUUUUCAUUUUAUUCCAUUUUUUGGCAAAACUUAAAAGAUAACCGUAAUUAAAUAGAAAUAAUACCAGACAGUAAUAACUGCAGAGUUCGAAAUACUUGGUGAUUAGUGUUCUGGAAAUUAUUAGUAUCUCUAGAAGCAGUCAUUAGCAGUUGAAGAUAUGGCGAAUCUACACGAUUUUGAGGAACUGGUGUCGGAUGCACUUGAAGUUGUGGAAUUUAAAUUAAUACGCCGCAAGCAGGAUAUAGAGGAUGAUAGUUUAACAUUCCAUCCCUUGAUGGCACAUCAACUUUUUGGGGAAACGGAGAGCAUAUUUGGUUAUAGAGAUUUACAUGUGCGUAUAUUAUACACAGCCGGACCACUCCACAUUUAUAUUGGUGUCGAAUAUAGUAGUCGAGUUGAUGAAAUAUCCAAAGGAGACAUAAGUGCCGACAGUGUCGUGAGAACUAUUGCUGAAAAAUUGCCCGAUGGCUGUUUCUUCAUCAAUAUGGAUGAGUUUCUGAAAACACUUGAUAAAGCAGACAAAUUUCAACCUUUUGGUGAAAAGUUGUCGGAACUCAAAGUAACUGAUGCGCAAGGCAAGAAGCGAUUGUUCGAAAUAUAUCUCUGUAAUUAUAAGGUGCCGUCGUUCUUAAAAUUUUUCGGCCGCUUACAAACUUUUAUACUUUGGUUUGUUGAUGCGGCUUCCUACAUUGAUGUAGAUGAUGCCCAGUGGAGUUUUUUCGUAUGCUAUGAAAAGUAUAAAAAUGAUAAUAGCAACUAUCAAUACGCAACCGUUGGCUACACCACUGUAUACGAAUACUACGCCUAUCCGCAGCAUAUACGGCCACGCAUUAGCCAGGUGCUAGUUCUACCACCAUUCCAAAAACUAGGCAUUGGCACAAAAUUCAUAGAAACCAUAUAUAAGCAUUACCAGCCACAAAAAAAUGUCAUCGAUAUGACAGUUGAAGACCCAUCUGACGAUUUUCAGCGAUUACGCAAUUUCGUAGAUGCGCGUUUAUGUAUGGGGUUAAAAAGUUUCGCAAGAGAUGUCAUUAAGAAAGGUUUCAAUAAGGAAAUGGUGCGGGAAGCACGUGAAUCACUUAAGUUGAAUCCUCGUCAGUGCCGCCGCGUCUAUGAAAUACUGCGUUUCUUUUAUACAAACUGUCUCGAUAAAGAUGAUUAUCAUGCCUAUCGUUUGGAUGUGAAGCGACGUUUAAAUGCUGUACAUUACAAGCAGUUGAAUGACAUUAAGAAAAUGGAAAAGGCAAAAGUGGAUACAGAAUGGUUGAGAGCGCGCUUACCCACACAAAGUCAGCGCAUCGAACAAUUGCGAAACGAGUAUGAGCAAGUAGAAAAUGAAUAUAAAGAAAUUGUUAAAAAGCUACGUACGGUUUGCUAAUAAUGUUAUCGCUCAUCAUUCAUUUUAUUGAUCAGCAUGUCCUUUUGUUUACGAAUUAAUUUCUUUAUGUAAUAAAUUUUAAAUUAAAUUUUAAAA